GGAGAUUUUUAAUCCGAGACAUUGAAAUGUCUGCGUUAAUGAAUAAGAUAAUGGUCUGCAUGGUGACAACAGGAUAAGUUCGAUAAGCUGCCGCUGUUGUAGGCAGCAUCCAACCACAGGCGCCCAGAUGGAAGUUUCUGCACUAUCCAGUCCUCCUCGAUUCACAACACCUCUCAUGCAUAUGGCGAUUUUCCGCCGUUCAUCAUCGUGAAACUUUUCUGAUCCGUUACAUGGGCCUGGUCCAUGUCUCUUGGUGAUCAUCGAUCACUGUCCGUACAGUUUGACUGUGCCGGAGCCGCCUACGGGCGAAUGGGUCCUUCAAGGGAUCUGCAAUGACGGAACCCGAACCCAUACAUUUCACCAUGUCGUAGCCCCAGUUUGAAGUCGGAUGAAUGCAGCGGAAGCGGUAGCAAGAUAUUCCCGGGCUCGAAGCUUGUAGGUUGCGAAUGUAGGCUGAUCUUCAUCUUUUCUGGAAAACGAGAGGAUCGUGAAGGACAACAGAGCAACCUCAAGCGCCAUAAGAGUUGGGCGCUAGCUUACUGCCGAGGUGUGACUUGCGUGUGACACUCCAACUUUCUGACUCUGCACUCCUCACCAUGUCCUCCUCACCUCCGGCGCCAGAAGACUUCAACCAUCAGCUUGCCAUCAAGCUCUCUCGAGUACUCAACAUAGUCAAUCCGAAUGAUUUAUUAGCACAACGAGUCACCGACAUCGCGAAAACCAGCACAGUAGAUGGCUUCAAGAAAGCUGCCGCAUCGUUUGGGAAACUCAAGGAUUCCUUUCUCGAAGAAAUCUAUUCCGAGAUCAUGUCACAUGUGAAGCAAGAAGAAACUGGUAUUGCUCCUCAACCUGUGGCAGGUAUCACAGUCCAUGAUAGUGAUGUGCUUCAGCCGGAACCCGUCAGACAAGGGGGGCUCGUACGUAGAGAUUCGCAACAUACCUUCAAACAACCCGCGAAGCCUAUUGAACCCCCGACACCUCGAACUUCAGUCUUAGGAUUGGAUAGGUUGGCCAAGGAGAAGCGUGCCGCUCAAGCGACUAAUGGAGAUUUGGAUGGUCCGAGAAAGAGACAAAGAUUUGAUGAGGGAGUUGAACCAAUUUUCAAAGUACCAUCCCUUCCCGUCAGACACAACAAUCCAAGGCAAAGAGGCGAAGAAACACCUUCUAAUCCUGGCGGAUUGUCCGAGAUUGCGCGUAAACGUUUAGAUGAACGUCGGAGAGAAAGGCAAAGAGAAGGUAUCACGGCGGCUCAGGAACAACGUGGAGAUGCUCCCAAAGGGUUAGGCGACUUUCAACGGCGCUCGAAUCGUGAUCGUGAGCGGGGUUGGGGAGAGAGGCGCGAUUAUCGUGAUAGAGGAGGUCGAGAUGAUGACCGUGUACGAGGAGGAUGGGACGCCUCAACCCCUCGUUCCGCCAGAAGUUCAAGCUCCGAUGCGCCAAGUGUCCGUGUACCUAACGUUGGAUGGGACUCAACGCCGCGUAGUACUAGGGGUGAAGAUGGGGGAUGGGGUAGUGCGCAGAGUAGAGGCUGGGAUGCGCCGACACCAAGAAUGGUUAGAGGAGGGAGUCCAGACGAGAAUGUUGCCUUUGCGAUAGACGCGAGGGAGUGGGAGGAGGAACAGGUUCGGUUGGAUAGGGACUGGUAUACAGGAGCAGAAGAUGGGGGUUUGGCUGGGGAUGAUGAACACAACCCACUUGCUCAGUACGAGGAUUUAAGCGCGCUAAAGGAUGCAGAGAUAGCGAAAAAGCAGACUAGAAAGAUAUCAGCGCGACAAGCUCAAUAUAACGCCGAUAAUGACCUCUGGGAAGCCAAUCGUAUGCUAAGAUCCGGUGUUGCAACGCGGAAAGCUGUGGACCUUGAUUUCGAAGACGAAUCGGAAUCAACAGUACACGUCAUGAUACACGAUCUCAAACCCCCCUUCCUCGAUGGCCGAACCGUCUUCACCAAACAGCUCGAUCCUAUAAACCCAAUCCGAGAUCCUACCAGUGACAUGGCUAUCUUUUCCAAGAAGGGUAGUGUUCUCGUCAAAGAGAAACGUGAACAGGCGGAAAGGGCUAAAGCGGCUGCGAAGCUUGCCAGUAUUGGAGGAACAACGCUCGGUAAUAUCAUGGGAGUCAAGGAUGAGGAGGCGGAUGCCGAUGCUGAGGCGGAAAGGAAAGAGAAGGAAGCCAAGGAGAAGGGGGUCAAAGAGGAUUACAAGGGUGAUUCCAAGUUUGCCAGUCAUUUGAAAGCCUCGUCAGGCGUCAGCGUCUUUGCGAGAUCUCGGACGCUCAAACAGCAAAGAGAAUAUUUACCUGCAUUCGCAUGUAGAGAGGAUCUCAUGCGUAUUCUACGGGACAAUCAAGUGGUCAUCGUUGUCGGCGAGACAGGUUCAGGGAAGACUACUCAGCUCGCGCAGUACCUCUACGAAGAUGGUUAUUGUCAAUAUGGUAUCAUAGGUUGUACCCAGCCGCGUCGUGUCGCCGCUAUGUCUGUUGCAAAGCGUGUCAGUGAGGAGAUGGAGUGCAAAUUGGGCUCCACUGUGGGAUAUGCUAUUCGAUUUGAGGAUUGCACGAGCGCGGAAACGAAAAUCAAAUAUAUGACUGAUGGUGUUCUUCUCCGAGAGUCUUUAAACGAAGGGGAUCUGGAUCGCUACAGCGUUAUAAUCCUUGAUGAAGCUCAUGAGCGCUCGCUGAGUACUGACGUUCUCAUGGGUUUACUGCGUAAAAUUCUUUCUCGGAGACGAGAUUUGAAACUCAUUGUGACUUCCGCAACGAUGAACGCCGAGAAGUUCUCGAAGUUCUACGGCAACGCUCCCUGCUUCACCAUUCCCGGAAGAACUUUCCCUGUCGAAAUAUUUCACUCUAAAUCACCGUGCGAGGAUUAUGUCGAUAGCGCAGUAAAACAGGUCCUCCAGAUCCACCUGUCACUACCUCCGGGAGACAUAUUGGUUUUCAUGACUGGGCAGGAAGAUAUCGAGAUUACGUGCCAGGUCGUUCAAGAGCGAUUGGACCAGCUUGACGACCCAGCAGCUCUUGCCGUCCUACCAAUUUAUUCACAGAUGCCCGCUGAUCUUCAAGCCAAGAUUUUUGAUGCUACAAGUGACGGGAGGCGAAAGGUUAUCGUUGCGACUAACAUCGCCGAAACUUCUCUGACCGUGGACGGUAUUUUGUAUGUGGUGGAUGCGGGCUACUCCAAACUCAAAGUCUACAAUCCCAAAGUUGGCAUGGAUGCGCUUCAAAUUACGCCCAUUAGCCAGGCCAAUGCGGGACAACGUACUGGUCGUGCUGGACGUACUGGGAGCGGGUUUUGCUACCGGCUAUUCACAGAAAUGGCCUACCGCAAUGAAAUGUUCGAGAAUACGAUUCCUGAGAUUCAGCGUACGAAUUUGGCGAAUACUGUGCUUCUUCUCAAGUCCCUCGGAGUCAAAAAUCUUUUGGAGUUUGAUUUUAUGGAUCCACCGCCUCAAGCCAACAUUCUCAAUUCAAUGUAUCAGCUUUGGGUAUUAGGUGCUCUAGACAACGUCGGUGACCUCACUGCCGUCGGUCGCAAAAUGUCUGAAUUCCCAAUGGAACCGUCGAUGGCCAAAAUGCUCAUCGCGUCCGUGGAGUACAGAUGUUCGGCAGAGAUGUUGACUAUCGUCUCCAUGUUAUCUGUUCCGAGUGUGUUCUACCGACCAAAGGAGCGGAUGGAGGAAGCCGAUGCAGCUAGGGAGAAGUUCAAUGUUCCCGAAAGUGAUCAUUUGACGCUCUUGAACGUGUUUAAUCAAUGGAAAAGCCAUGGUCACCGCGACGAAUGGGCGAUGCGACAUUUCUUGCAUCCAAAGCUGCUUCGGAAGGCCCGAGAAGUUCGGGUACAGCUGGAGGAUAUCAUGAAGUUCCAGAAGAUGGAGAUUAUAUCUGCUGGUACCGACUUUGACGUUAUCAGGAAAGCUAUAACGGCCGGAUAUUUCCACCAAGCUGCGCGUGUCAAAGGUAUCGGCGAGUUCGUCAACAUUCGCUCCGGUCUGCCUACACAUUUGCAUCCUACGAGUGCAUUGUAUGGGCUUGGAUACACUCCGACCUAUGUUGUGUAUCAUGAACUCAUCUUAACUUCUAAGGAGUACAUGACACAAGUAACAGCAAUUGACGCUUAUUGGCUUGCUGAACUCGGUUCCGUGUUCUACUCUGUUAAAGAGAAGAACUUCGACGACCGGGGAAAUAGACGGAAAGCGGACCGUGAGUUUUCGAAACGAGCAGAGCUGGAAACUGAGAUGGCGAAACAGCGUGAAGAGUUCGCAAAGAAAGCUGCGGAAGAGGAACUGGCAACUCAAACAGCGAGAGGAAGCUCAAAAAUCAUUGUUCCCGGCACACCUCGUCAUAGUGGGAUAGGAGCGGGGCUUAGAGCGACACCGACCCCAAAGAGACGUGCGGGAAUUUAGGAUGAAUAUGUGCAAGUACGUGAAUAUGUAUGUUGUAAGAUACACUUUGUACAGUCAAUAAUGUGGGCAAUGCAUAAUGCGUCCUUCCUGU